AUGUCUCCGUCAAACGUGUCGACUUCAAAGACUCUGACCAUCACCUCUCGANACAAGGGGAAGGAGAAGUACCGCCUCGACUCCAUCCUCAUGCGUCAGACGACCCGGCGUUUCGUGCGUAAUGUCUCCGUCAAACGUGUCGACUUCAAAGACUCUGACCAUCACCUCUCGAUUACGACUGUCCGCCUCCCCCCCCGUGUCGCACCCAACCGACGAGUGCGGGGGUACAGCGGAAGCAGCCGGAUCCUUAUCGACCUCGAGCGGUUGAGGAAGGACAAACACCUACGGGUCGUCUUCCAAGGCGGGGCCUUCAGCCACCCUCCGCCCACGAUGCUCAGGCCGCCAACGGGAGAGAUCAUCGCCGAGCUGACGGCUACGGUGAUGUCGGCCGCUGCCGAGACCGCGCGGCUGGCGUGGUGCGCACGAGGACAGAGAGGCUGGUACACGACCGAAGCGCAGCAAGAGAUUUCCGAAGCGUCUAAGGAGAUUAAGGCGGCCCAGCAGCAACUGCGUGGGGCCUCAAAAUACAGCGCCUUCGAGGCGAUCCUGAAGGCGAUGCUCAAGGCGGCGCGGAAGAAGCGCAGCAUCGCGAGGUGGAGAGCACUGGAAACGUUCUUCGAGUGCUAUGUACGGUAGCUCGAGAAGGAGAGCCGCGAGGGGGAUCAGGUGGGUUUCUACAGGCACCUGAAGAUGAUCGACGUUGAAGGUGGGUUUCUACAGGCACCUGAAGAUGAUCGACGUUGAAGGUAUGAGGUCGUUCACCUCUCAGAACAUCAAAGACGAGGAUGGCAAGGUUCUUCGGGACCCCACGUUUAUUCGCCCACGGUGGCCGCGGUGGUUCCACAAGCUUCUCAACACCAAGUCGCCGACCAUCGAUCUGCAUGCGGCUGACAAGGUCAAGCGGUGGCCCACGUGCGUGCCACUCGAGGGCAUUCCAUCAUUACUCGAGGUUGAGGAAGCGGUACGGGAAAUGGCCAACAGAAAGGCCGUCGGGCCGGAC